AUGCCGGCCGCAUACAAGGGCAAGGGCAAAGGCCGCGAUGCGCGCCAGUCGCGUAGCCGCAACACCACCCCGUCUAGCGCUAGUGCUCCCACUAUCCCAGCACUGCCUAUCCAAAGCUACUUGGAAAAUGAUGUCACCAAACACAUCGACUUGGCUAGUAUGCAAUAUUCUGAUGUGUUGGACCUGGUAGCUGCGCAGAACAUUCCAGAUUCGAAAACACUGGAGACAUUGGUGGAGCACCUGAAGGGUCUGAGUGACAUGGCCGAUCUUCGGGGCGAGGUUUGCAAUGCUGGAAUGCGCGAGAUGUCUCAAAAGCGCAAAGAAGUGGAGGAUCAGGAGCUUGAUCGUGAAGUUCGAGAUCGCUCCAAGUUGAAACGUGAAACCGAAGAGGAUGACGAUAUUCACAAGGGCGGGAAGCUGAAGAAGCGGAAAGAGCGCCCAAGUGGAAAGGAGGAUCGGCCAUUAAAUCACGGUGCACAUGAAUUAGCGCGCCAGGAUGGAGCUGAGACUAAGGUUGAGGGAGCGGCUUCUCCAGCAUCGAAAAACUCCAAGAAUGCGAUAUCGGAUGAAAGCUCUUCGCUUUCACCUCCGUCGAUGAUGUCCCCCAACGGCACAACCACAGCUGGCGACGGCCCUCCCCCCGGGACCCCCGGGUCUGAAACCAGUACUGAUUCCCACCAACCUGAGCCCCAACCUGCGAUUCCUCAGGUGCAAGUCUUUGGCGAUAACCCGCUGGAGUUUGACGACCCGACCAUUUACAACAUUCGAGAUAUUCUUCCAAGCAUGACGGACGAUGAGAAGAAAGAGAUUUACAGCGUUGCCCACUUCCCCAAGACCGAUCUUGCCCACAUGGCAGCUGGUGUGGCUCCUGAUAAGGACUUCAGCAACGCCAAACCUUCCAACCAAGUCAGCGCCAAUACCUUCCAAACUUACAUUGAACCUUACGUCCGGCCUCUUACUGAGGAGGAUAUUGCCUGGUUGAAAGAAAGGGCAAGUCAAUUGCAGCUACUUACAUGCCAACAUAAAGCUAACCUAUCACAGGGUGAUCGCACUACUCCGUUCAUCAUGCCCCGUCGCGGAAAGAAAAACUAUCGUCAAAUCUGGGCAGAGGAGGAUGGAGUGUCAUACGACUCGAGUCAAGACGACAAGGACCAGCUGCCUUUGAAUCAAGGCCGUGGCAGCAUUGAACAGCUGACUGACGAUAAAGCCGAAACCAACGAAGUCUCGGUUGGACCUCUCCUCAGCCGACUCUGCUCUCUCCUCCGUUAUGAACACCGUACCUUUCCCGAAGAUUCCAACCCAAGUGCAAAUGGGGACACUGCUAGUGUGAGUGGACUUGGUGGGGACGCAAUGGACAUCGAUCAACCCAUUGUUGAGAAAGAGAACAAGGGCGAGCCCAAACCUCUUCCUGCUGCAACCACCUUCCGCGACGCAGAUCCAAAUGACUUCAAAACUUCGGUCGCAAAGCUGGACCAUGCCCAACUUGAUGAGCGCGCCAAAGCUGAACUGCGAUUCAUCGGUUUCCUUGGUGCAGAUGAUAAUCCAGACUACGACGCCCACUACGAUGAUGAAGUUGCGGAGCGACUCCGCCUUCUUCAAAGCGAGCUCAAGAAGCAAAUCGUUACCAAUAAUGCGCGCAAGGCUCGUAUUCUGAAGAUUGCGCAGGAGCACAUGGCCAUGCUUGAGUUUACUACCAUCCAGGACGACCUCGACUCUCAAGUCCAACAGGCCUAUCUCAAGCGCACCCGCACUAUGGGCAAGAGCAAGAAGGGCGCUCAGCCCAAGCAUCGACCCGGCGGCGCAGGUGGCGGCAGUCACAUCGCUGGUUCCGCGGGCGUUUCUCGUCCUGCUGUCGGAGACGCUGCAAAGAUUGUCAUGGACCGUCGUCGUCGCUGGAACGAGGCAUUCCUCCCUAUCUUUGACGACAUCAAGACUACCAUUCCCUCCAAGGGAGAGUCAAUCUUCGAUCCAGAGGUUAUGGCUGAGUACGAGAAAGCCGAGCUUGAGAAUUGGGAUGAGGAAUAA